AGCGCCUGGGACUUGCCUUUAUUCCUCUCCAGCACCCGGUUGGCAGCAGACGAGGCUGGGCAGAGGCCAGGGAUUUGGUGCUGGAGGUGGCAUUUUGGAGGGGGCGGCACAGGCCCUGCCAGAAGAAGGGAGCCUGCCCCAGCUGGGACCCCAAGUGAGGUGCCCAGGACUCAUUGCAGCCCCGGGGGGGCUGGUCCCCCACACCCUCGCCGCGGCCCCGCGCUGGUCCAUGGGGGCAGACAGCCUGUACAAGAAGAUUGGGAUGCUGAACAUACAGAACGCGGCGUGGAGUGGCCGUCAGGACUGGUACCCAGAGAGCCUGGUAUCACCACAGCCCAACCCAGACAGCUGUCAACAGCUGGAUGGGGGCCUGGAUCCCGAGCACCGGUCGGGUGCCGUUGGGGAUGACCUGGACGAGUCUCAGAUACGGCUGCAGCUGAAGCGGAAGCUGCAGAGGAACCGGACGUCCUUCACACAGGAGCAGAUCGAGGCACUGGAGAAAGAAUUUGAGCGCACCCACUACCCUGACGUCUUUGCCCGUGAGCGCCUGGCUGCCAAGAUUGACCUGCCGGAGGCACGGAUCCAGGUCUGGUUCUCCAACCGUCGGGCCAAGUGGCGCCGGGAGGAGAAACUGCGGAACCAGCGGCGCCAAGCAGGCAGCACCGGGCACCUGGGCCUAGGCGGGGCCUUCCCUGGGGCCAGUGUCUUCCCACCCGUGCCUGCCCCACCUGGAGCAGGUACCGUGCUGGGGCGCAGUGAAGCCACGCUGCCCAACAGCUACGGAGGGAUGCCUCCCCUGCCCAGCUUCUCCAUGGCCAGCAGCCUCCCCAUCCAGCAGCAGGCAGUGCUGCCUGUGGCCAGCCAGCCCUCGUCCUAUGCCUGCAUGAUCCCGGCCAGCUCCUCAGGGCGCAGCUAUGACUCCUACUCACCCCCCCAGCUCCCCACCCACAUGGGCAGCCAGGCCCUUGGCGCCAGCACCCCUGCUUCCACUGGUCUCAUCUCCCCUGGCGUGUCGGUGCCAGUGCAGGUGCCCGGCGGGGACCCUGACCUCAGCCAGUACUGGCCCCGGCUGCAGUGACUGCACAGACUGGACCCAUUGUUGGGGUG